AUCGAGCAGAUGAAACAACGUUCGGUUCUUUGCUCAAGUGGCGCGUUAUGGUUGGCUUCUUUGCACAAACAUUUUGUUCCGGCCACUCUCUUGCUAGCGUGGUUUGAUUUGUUUGAGAGAUUUUCAGUUUGUUUAGAUGCAUUUCCAUCCAGUGUUGAAAUAGUUGAAUUGCUGUUUUAGUGAAGAACGUGUCAUGAGCUGACAUAGUAAGUGAUAGGAACUGUUUGAGUGAACGGAGUCUCGUGAAAGUGGGCAGCUUUAAUUCAAGUUAAAGAGAAAGCGGCAAUUAAGCAUAUAGAUAAUUUAAAAGCCUGACAGUGUUAUUGUUACAGCUUGAAAAGUACAUAAUUGGUUUAGGAAAAAACCAGCCGGUGUAAAGAUCUCAUCAUCCAAGUAACCGUAGCGGUAAACAGUUGUUCGAAGAGCUGCAGUACAUUCGAGCAACAGGCUGUAAUCAGUUCCAACAGUUAGCGAGUGUUUUGCAAAAAUGUCUGGUUUAAUCAAGGAAGAAAAGUUCGAACGGUUUGGACGGGUUCUGCCGGCAGAAAACUACACCACAACCGAUCCUGCCCAGCCGGUGAAGUUGCGCAUUACCAAGGAAGGAAUUUCCUCGAUGGAUCCCCUCUCGGUACCAGAUCUGAUGAAUCGAACCGUACGUGACUUUCCCGAUCAUCCGGCCAUGAUGUACAAGAAUGAUCAGAAACAAUGGCAGAGCAUCACGUACAGGGAGUACAAGGAGCGAGUAGAUAAGAUGGCCAAAGUGUUCAUCAAACUUGGUCUGGAGGAGCAUCAUACCGUCAGCGUUCUGGCAUUCAACAGUCCCGAGUGGUUCAUCUCUGAGCUGGCUGCCAUUCAUGCCGGUGGUAUUAUCACCGGUGUGUACACGACGAAUUCGGCCGAAUCGACACAGCACGUGCUGGAGAGUUCCCGCACCAAUAUUGUGAUUGUAGACGAUGCCAAGCAGAUGGAGAAAGUCCAUUCAAUCAAAGGCAACCUACCACAUCUGAAGGCCGUCAUCCAAACGCUGGGCCCGUAUGCGCCGUACGUGAAGAAGGAAGACGGAUACUACCGGUGGUCUGAGGUGGAAGAGAUGAACACCGAUGAUGUGGAGGAGGAAUACAAGGCCCGUCUGGCAAAUUUGGCCAUCAACCGUUGCUGCUGUCUGGUCUAUACGUCUGGAACCGUUGGAAAUCCAAAGGGAGUGAUGCUGUCGCACGACAGUUUGACCUGGGAUUCGUACACGAUUGGAAAACGUCUAGACCAGAUCCAGACCGGGGAGGAAGUGUUAGUUUCUUUCCUUCCAUUGAGUCACAUUGCGGCCCAGAUUGUGGAUAUUUUCUUGGCGAUGCAGUUCGCUUGCACCGUGUACUUUGCCGAUCGGGACGCCAUGAAGGGCACUUUGAUCACCACACUGCAGGAAGCAAAACCAACCAGAAUGCUGGGUGUUCCACGGGUGUAUGAAAAAAUCUAUGAAAAAAUGAUGGCGAUUGGAUCGCAGAGUGGUGCUGUGAAAAAGAUGAUUUCCGGUUGGGCUAAAAGCGUUACGCUGCAGCACUAUAUGGACAUGAUUGAGGGUAAGCCGACCAACUCGUGGCAAUAUCGACUGGUGCGCAAUUAUCUGCUGUCGAAAGUGAAGGAUGCUUUGGGUUUCAGUCGAGCCUCCACACUUGUCUCCGGUGCCGCUCCGAUGGAUCCCGAGGUGAAGAAGUAUUUCAUGAGCCUUGAUCUGCCGAUCAUGGAUGCGUUCGGAAUGUCGGAAACAUCCGGUGCCCAUACACUGACUGCACCCGAUAGCUAUAACUUUUCGACUAUCGGCAAAACUCUUGGUGGUUGCGAGACCCGUAUCGAUAAACCCGAUCCGAAUGGGCAUGGUGAGCUGUGCUUCCGGGGACGAAACAUCCUGAUGGGAUACGUUGGGGAGGAAGAGAAAACCAAAGAUGCUCUUGACGAAGAUGGAUGGUUGCACUCCGGAGAUAUCGGAUACAUUGACGAACAGGGUUACGUGUACAUAACCGGACGAAUUAAAGAACUGAUAAUUACGGCUGGUGGUGAAAAUGUUCCACCGGUGCACGUGGAAAAUUUGGUUAAAAACGAGUUGUUGCAGGUUAGCAACGCCUUUCUGGUUGGUGAUAAACGUAAAUUCUUGACCAUGCUGAUUACGUUGAAGACAGUUAUCAAUCUAGACUCGGGCGAACCAAAGGAUGACCUCACUUCGGAAACCAUCGCGUGGUGCAAGGGCCUUGGUGUGGACUAUACCAAACUGAGUGAGAUUAUUGCUGCUGGACCUUGUCCGAAGGUAUUGCAAGCAAUCCAGGACGGUAUCGAUAAGGCCAACAAAAAGGCUAUUUCCAAUGCUCAAAAAAUCCAGAAAUUUGCUUUACUUCCGGUUGAAUUUUCGGUACCCGGCGGUGAGCUUGGUCCAACUCUGAAAGUGAAACGCAACGUUGUACUGGAAAAGUACAAGGAUAUCGUUGAGAAGUUCUAUGCCUAACACUAGACAUACCCAUUCCCCACUUACUGUCUGCGCCUGUGUUCGGGCGCAUGGAUGCUAUGUAAUUGUUAGCGAAAGUUACUGUUUGUUAUUAUUAUUUUUUGUUGUUUAUCGUUAGAGAUCGUUGCAGUCUUGUUCACGUACUUGUUCGAUCAAUUAGUUGAGCUAUUGAAGAAAAAAAAACCAUAACCAAACGCAAUCACACAAGGGACUUAAAGACACUCGUUAGGCGACGGCAGGAUGACGAUAUUACUUAGACUCAAUGAGUUCCUGCGGAAGGGAGGCCCCGAGUCGAGAAUGAAGGUCCUAUAGAUUCCAGCUUUUAGAUUGUAAUAAUUACCUCAUUAGAGCCAUGUUAGGGUUUUCUAGCGUGAUGAGUUCGACCGAGCGUCGUAAGUGAUAAAAAAAAAACAAAAACGAAGACCUACCGGUAGCAGAGAAGAGUAGCUGUUAAUUGAAUAAAAUCAAUUUUGUUAUAA